GUUUGGCAUUGUGCCGCAUAAUAAUAUUGACGAUGAGUUCAAAGUGAACUCUUCAUAAUUACACAUGAGGCCUGUCCCGUCCUACCUUCGCUAACAACCUAUUCUUUGAAGAAAAAGGAAACAACUCUGUCUAGAUUCGUGUUUUUCCUAUACUUGUCGAUUUUAUUUAUCAUGGAGAAAUCUGGGGGAUGCCUUAGCUAUCGAUAUGUGUGGCUGCGGCACGAUUGAUAGCUAAUCAUCGACUGCAAAUCGUUUUUAAAAACCAUAACAGUGAGCGUUGUAGAUAUACAUCGUAUUCAAGUACUACCUUUAAUUCAAAAUGGAAAUUAAAAAAGAACCCGAGGAGACAAGGGAAGCUGAAAAGCAGGAGGAAAGUCAUGAAGAGGAGGAUAGAAAACUACCGGCUUGGAUGCUUACAUUAGAUGAAACCACAACCCAAAACGAAGAGGGUCCCAAAAGCCCGCCUCCUAGCAGAGAUGAAAAAGACUUGGAUAAAACUGAAACAACUAGUACUUCAAAAAAUGAGCGUAUUGCUUGCAAAUAUGGAGAACAUUGUUACAGGAAAAAUCCUACUCACAAACAAGAAUUCAGCCAUCCAGGAGAUGAUGACUACAUUCCAGUUCCCAACGAAGAGGAAGAUGGCACUCAACAAGAUGGUAACAAUAACAGGCCUGAAUGUCAAUAUGGUACAUCUUGCUAUAGACAAAAUCCACAACACAAGAGAGAUUUCAAGCAUACCCAGCCACCAUCUACAGAUGGUCCGGUAACAAAAAAGCCACGCAAGACAGCAAAAAGAAGGCGCCCUUCAGAAGCAGAUUACGAAUCUGGAGGCGAAAAUGAGUAUGACCUCAGCGACCCUUUCAUCGAUGACAGCGAAGAGGAUGAAGAGAAUAUUGAAGACGAAAAGGAUGAAGAUUAUGUACCUGAUGUUGAUGACGAAAUCGAUCAGGAUCUGUUGAAAGACGAUCAGUGGAAGGCUUCAGCCGAUGAUGCUCCAGAAGUCUUGGAGCUCCUGAAGGAUGCACGAGACUAUUUGAGAAACAAAAAACUGUAAAUAAAAUUUUCAUUUAAUCAUUUUUUAUAUUCUAAUUUUGAAAAAGUCAUUAAAUAUAAUCAUCCUUGGUAAUCGUGUAACUGGACUUGUUCAAAUGAUGUGCCUAUCCCAAAAAUGUCUUAUGGAUAUCUUUUGCUGCAUUUCUGUUGCUUUAAGUCUCAAUUUUGUACAUGAAGGGUUUUAUCUUCAUAUUUCAUUAAAUUUUUACUACUAGUGUUCAAUAAUCGAGUUAAAAAUGCUAAUUGAAAAUACAAUUUUUCUUUCAUUCGUAA